AUGUUUCUGGUCGGCAGUAAACGUUGUUUGGAGUUGACAACACACGGCAACACGAGACGCCACGCAACACGUGCGACUGAUCGAUUUUCAGAGACGUGUCAGGUGAUGCGAGGAAGUGAUUUACACGCCCAACCACCAGACAUGCUGAACUACGCGUUCCAAUGCUUUCUGCUACUUCUCGCACUUCUGCGCAUUGCCGUCAUUCCCACCAACCGGUUCAUCAUCAACGUCUCCCAGCCGCUUCGUUUCGUCUUCUCCAUCUUUAAUUACUGCAUAGCAGGAAUUAUUUGCCUUAACCGCCUCUCCAUCCUCCGCCGUGCCUUACUGUGA